CAUCUGCAGAGUGAUUGAUCUUCCUUUGCGAGUGAAAGUCAAACAUUGAACAUGAAUUUCUUGUCUCGUUAUUAAUCAUAGUUCGCCUCAACUUGAAAGAGAAAGCAUACUCAUUAAAAAGUAAAACAAUUGUCGGAAAAUGUCGAGCUGCUCCUGCUCUGUGUUAUCUCGUGUCGUCCGUUUUCGCCAACCAAAUUUCGGGAAAAGUUUCCUUGUGAGAAAUCUCUCCUCCUCGUCACCACCACACCCGAGCAAGUCAUCCCCCAGCGAGGAAGUGCCCCCACCAUUGUCAUCUCCAGUGCCACCACUGCUCAAUGUUGUGGAGAAGGAUUUAGUCAGGGUCCAAAGUCAGCCUUACCCAAAGGACGAUUGGACCAAUGUCACGGAGCGUAUCCUGAGUCAAAUUGGCCGUGGUCUCCACCGACAAAAGUACCAUCCUCUAGGAAUGCUCAAACACAGGAUUGCAGAAUUCUUUUACAAAAACUUCCACGGUCGAUCUAUGCGUAGUCCAAUGUUUUCAGUGUUUGACAAUCUCAACCCUGUAGUUACGACAGUGCAGAACUUUGAUUCGCUUCUUGUGCCAAAGGAUCAUCCAUCAAGAAAUAAAUCGGACUGUUACUACAUUAACCAGUCACACUUGCUUCGAGCUCACACGAGUGCACACCAGUCCGAGUUGAUUCAGCAAGGAAUGAACAAUUUCUUGGUGGUGGGGGAUGUCUACAGAAGAGACGAAAUAGACCGCACCCACUAUCCAAUCUUUCAUCAAGUGGAAGGCGUCCGAUUAUGUGGUUUACAUGAAGUAUUUCAAGACGAGGAGGUCGCCAAAGAACUCCGGCUAUUUGAUCGAGGAGAAAGUCGAACUCCGGGAAAGCAGGAAUCCCACACAAUAGAUGCCGUGAUGGUCAUGACUCAGAGUUUGCAAUCUACCCUGCUCAAACUGGUCCAACAUCUAUUCGGGGCUGACGUGGAAGCUCGCUGGGUGGAUACAUACUUCCCUUUUACGCAUCCAUCCUGGGAACUGGAAGUUAAAUUUAAUGGCGAGUGGAUGGAAAUGCUGGGAUGUGGAAUAAUGGAGCAAGCUAUAUUAAACAAUUCUGGUGCUGGAGAGAAGAUUGGAUGGGCGUUUGGGCUGGGAGUAGAGCGUCUGGCGAUGAGACUCUAUGAAAUCCCCGAUAUCAGGUUAUUCUGGAGUAUUGACCCAGGCUUUCUCCAUCAAUUUAAAGUGGAGGACCCGUACGCCCCGAUCAGUUACAAACCGAUAAGCGUGUUCCCGUCUUGUGCAAAUGACAUCAGUUUUUGGCUCCCUGCGGACGGUUCCUUUUCCAGCGCUGACUUUUAUGACACAGUCCGAUCAGUUGGGGGCGACGUUGUUGAACAGGUGUCAUUGGUUGACGAGUUUUUCCAUCCCAAGAAGGGUCAGAUGAGCCACUGCUACCGGAUCGUGUAUCGUCACAUGGAGAAAACCCUGACGCAGAGAGAAGCGAACCUGGUCCAUGAUCGUAUUCAGAGAGCUGCAGCAAAACGCUUACGAGUUGUGAUCCGAUAAUUAGAGUCAAUAAAGUAGAUAAAAAGAGGUCAUUUCCCUUA